AUGACCACGUCUACAGGGGGUGGAUGGGCUCAGCUCCGACAACAGGCGAGGUCUCUUGAGACUCAGACUGAAAGUCUUUUCCAUACGUAUUCUCAAUAUGCAUCGAUGACACAAUUACCCGUGAAACCGACGGAGGAACAGCAAAAGGUUGAAGAAAAAAUACAGGAACUCCUCGAAAAGCGUGAAUCCCUGAUCAACCAACUCACCCGCUUGCUCGAUUCAGAAGCAAACCUCACCUCGUCCGGCCUCAAGCAAAACUACCUAGCCCGCCAUCGCGAAGUUCUCGCCGAACACCGCCGAGAAUUACAGCGACUUUCAUCCAGCAUCGCCGAAGCCCGUGACCGCGCGAACCUGCUUUCCAAUGUUCGCUCAGAUAUCGACGCCUACAGAUCCUCGAAUCCGCAUGCGGCGGAGGCUGAAUACAUGCUUGAAGAGCGAGGGCGUAUUGAUAAUAGCCACAAUAUGAUGGAUCGGGUACUGGCGCAGGCCUAUGCCGUUAAUGAGAAUUUCGGGCUCCAAGGCGAAACACUAGCGAGCAUCAACCGGCGCAUUGUUGGGGCAGCAGGACAGAUUCCAGGGAUGAAUUCGUUGAUAGGCAAAAUCGGCGCCAAGCGGAGGCGGGAUGGCAUUAUCCUUGGUGUUUUCAUUGGAUUCUGCUGCCUCAUGUUGUUUAUCUUCAGUUAA